UUUGGGCCUAGUUAUACAUAAAGAAUGUUUGGGCUUGGCCCACGUUCAAUAUCAGGAGACGAAAACAUAAAACAGACUUGAGAAGAAGAAAGCUCUUUUCUUUUAUGGUGCCAAGACUUCCCGAGUGAAAUCAAGGUAUAAAAGGAUAAUUGAAGGAUGGCAACCACUGCUUGUUUUAUAAUUGUGAGCAGGAAUGAUAUCCCUAUAUAUGAAGCUGAAGUUGGAUCUGCUACUAAAAGGGAAGAUGCUGCACAGAUGCAUCAAUUUAUAUUGCAUGCAGCUUUGGAUAUUGUUCAGGAUCUUGCAUGGACCACCAGCGCCAUGUAUUUGAAGGCAAUUGACAGGUUUAAUGAUAUGGUGGUGUCAGUUUAUGUUACAGCUGGUCAUACGAGAUUUAUGCUACUUCAUGACUCUCGCAAUGAUGAUGGAAUCAAGAGCUUUUUCCAGGAGGUUCAUGAGCUCUAUAUAAAGAUUCUUCUCAACCCCCUAUACUUGCCUGGUUCCCGCAUUACAUCUUCGCAUUUUGACACCAAAGUUCGGGCUCUUGCAAGAAAAUACCUAUAGAGGUGGUUGUUUAUAUACUGUAUGAAAGCUAUUGGGCUGAUGGAACGGAGUUAACCUUACAUCGACCCUUUUCAUGUCUUGGCAUUUGAGUAGUUUUAAAGACUUCCCUCGAGUUUUAUUCGUGAUGGUAAAAGAUUAUUGAUUGAGCAAUUUGCGUACCGUGUAUCAGAUGACUCGAUGAGUGCAUGAAACACAAGUAGCAGCCAAAUCUUCUUGAUGAUUUUUGUUCAACUUGUCGCUCAAAAUCUCAAUAUUAGCAGUCAAGACAGCGAUCAAAUGAUGUAUUUGUCUAUGUCGAUUCCAGGAUUGGCUUUCAUGGUGAUAUUAAAUGAAGCUUCAUUUAUAUUUUUA